CAGAAAAGGCACGGGCCCACACGCCUCCUAGGUUCUCUCUUUCCCCAUCCUCUUCCGCUUCUCGCCGAACCCCCGAGACCCGAGUGCCCCCGCCGGCCCUGCGUGUCUCGCCCCGCAAGGAAUUCUUUGCCGAUUCCACUCCCCCAGUUCUUGAGUCGUCGGCGAUGGCGUCGAAGCGGAUCCUGAAGGAGCUCAAGGACCUGCAGAAGGAUCCCCCCACAUCCUGCAGCGCAGGUCCUGUAGGAGAGGAUAUGUUCCAUUGGCAGGCAACCAUCAUGGGCCCUUCAGAUAGUCCCUAUGCAGGUGGUGUGUUUCUGGUUUCUAUCCACUUCCCUCCGGAUUAUCCGUUCAAGCCACCAAAGGUUGCUUUCAAGACAAAGGUUUUCCAUCCAAAUAUCAACAGCAAUGGAAGCAUCUGCCUCGAUAUCCUCAAAGAGCAGUGGAGCCCAGCAUUAACUGUUUCCAAGGUGCUACUUUCAAUCUGUUCACUGUUGACGGAUCCAAACCCAGAUGAUCCGCUGGUUCCAGAGAUAGCUCACAUGUACAAGGUGGACCGAAGCAAGUACGAGACCACUGCGAGGAGCUGGACCCAGAAGUAUGCAAUGGGUUAGCCAGUUAUAUUAGACCUACAGGAGCAGGCAGGGAAUCCGUUAUAACAUACUAAUGGACCUAUCCCUACUAUGCUAUGAUUCUGGGUAUUGUAAUAGCAACUAAUGUCGUAGGUCGAUGGUUACUGUUGCACAUCCUAUGAACAUAUAUGCAUAUGCAUUAGUAUGGUUUCAACAGAUGAAUAGAGAUUAAUAAACAUGCUUGCAUGUUUGACAUGGAUGGCAUAUUGUUUCA